CACCGGCUCUUGCCACCCACAUUUGCCCGCUUUGGGAAGGUCAUUGAUGAUGGAUAGCCCCCCGUCUGUCCAAGUUGCUCCGCAGUGGAGCAAUCCUGCAUCUGCUUUUUAAUCGAGUUUUCGAAGAUGUUUUGGCCCAGUGCCAGAUCAAUUAUAAAACUCCGGAACAUAAAGUGCAUUGGCCUCGCACUUCUGGUCUUGCAAUCUCAGCUUUGAUAUUCCUCUCCAAGGUGGUUCACAGAUUGCCAACGUGCUUCGAGGCUGGCCCCCGAGUCAUAUCCACAAUCAUGUCUUCAACCACGUCUUCAUCAAGAUCAGACCUUGAAAAGGUCCCCGUACCACAGGUCACCCCUAGAGACAGUGACUCCGAUAAGGGAUCCCUCUCUCCGGAGCCUUCGACCCUCGAGGCUCAGUCAUCCGAGAAGCCACCGCAUCAUAUCUUCACACGGUCUCGCAAGCUGCAAAUGGUUUGCAUCGUCUCCCUCGCCGCCAUAUUUUCUCCGCUUUCGUCGAACAUUUACUUCCCUGCCCUGGACGAUGUCUCGAAAUCCCUCAACAUCAGCAUGUCGCUCGCAACACUCACCAUCACGGUGUACAUGAUCGUCCAAGGCCUCGCUCCCAGCUUCUGGGGUUCCAUGUCAGACGCCACAGGUAGACGGCCUGUCUUUAUUGGAACAUUCAUUGUUUACCUCGUAGCCAAUAUUGCUCUGGCCGAAUCCAAGAAAUAUGGUGAGCUCAUGGCCUUCCGAGCCUUGCAGGCUGCUGGUAGCGCGGCCACCAUCUCAAUCGGAGCUGGAGUGAUUGGUGAUAUCACAAACUCGGAAGAAAGAGGUAGCUUGGUGGGUAUCUUCGGUGGAGUUCGCAUGCUUGGACAGGGAAUCGGGCCGGUUUUCGGCGGCAUUUUCACCCAGUAUCUCGGAUAUCGAUCUAUCUUUUGGUUCCUCACGAUCGCUGGGGGCGUGAGUCUCCUGUCCAUUCUGGUGCUUCUUCCGGAGACAUUGAGGCCAAUUGCUGGAAAUGGUACUGUGAAGCUCAAUGGCAUUCAUAAGCCCUUCAUCUACACGAUCACCGGCCAGACGGGGGUUGUCGAGGGAGCGCAACCGGAAGCGAAGAAGACCAAAACCAGCUGGAAGUCUGUUUUCGCUCCUUUGACAUUCCUCGUCGAAAAGGACGUUUUCAUCACCCUGUUCUUUGGAAGUAUCGUGUACACAGUGUGGAGUAUGGUGACAUCCAGUACCACCGACCUCUUCAGCGAAGUGUACGGCCUGUCAUCCCUGGAUAUUGGACUCACUUUCCUAGGCAAUGGCUUUGGAUGCAUGUCUGGCUCUUAUCUGGUCGGCUACCUUAUGGAUUACAACCACCGUCUUACCGAACGCGAAUAUUGUGAGAAACACGGUUAUCCGGCAGGCACACGUGUCAAUCUGAAAUCACACCCCGACUUCCCCAUUGAGGUCGCCCGGAUGCGCAAUACCUGGUGGGUGAUUGCGAUCUUCAUCGUGACAGUUGCUUUGUACGGCGUGUCUUUGCGGACACAUCUGGCGGUGCCUAUCAUUCUGCAGUACUUCAUUGCGUUCUGCUCAACAGGACUCUUCACCAUCAACAGCGCCCUGGUCAUCGAUCUUUACCCAGGUGCUAGCGCCAGUGCGACAGCAGUGAACAAUCUGAUGCGGUGCCUGCUUGGAGCUGGCGGUGUGGCUAUCGUGCAACCUAUCCUGGACGCCUUGAAGCCGGAUUAUACUUUCCUCUUGCUUGCCGGCAUCACCCUCGUGAUGACUCCGUUGCUGUACGUCGAAGAUCGAUGGGGUCCUGGCUGGCGACAUGCCCGCGAAAGGAGACUCAAGGCCAAAGCCAACGGCAACUAGGGAGAGAAAGGACUUGAAAAAAAAAAGGUGAAGUGGGACUGGUGAAGUAAAUGUUUGAUUCUUCCCCACACUUUCUUGAUAUGGGUUUUAUUUUAGCGGCAUUUGGCGAUACCACUGUUUUGCAAGCGAUACCAGUUAGAUUUAUAGAAGAAUUGAUCAGUUUCAUCGGCUAUCUCGCUAUUACUUCCUCGUAGCUUUUUAGAUUCACAUAUAGGUGAGUGGGAAAGGUUUGACAUGGUGGUUGAGAU